AUCAACAAUUACCUUCACAUCUCCAUCUCCUUCCAUUAAUCCCCUCUGCUUCUUCUUCAACGCUUAAUUCCCAUUCCCUACUUCUCCCAGUAGCCACCUCCAUGAGCUACUACUGUCUCUCUCCCUCUCUGCAUUGAUUGAUGCGGCAGGAUGACGUCGAAGGUCCCCUGGUGGUCGACUCUGCUCCCCGGGUGCUGCGGCAGUGAGAACAAGAGCCGGGUGUCCAAGGCAACCGCGAAGGCAAAGGCGCCGAUGGAGAAGCAGUCAUCCUUCUCCGACAUCAGCUCCUCGACUGGCAUGCUGUCCCCUGAGGACCUGUCGGUAUCUCUGAUCGGGUCAAACCUCUACGUCUUCACGUUGGCCGAGCUGAAGGAGGCAACCAAGGGCUUCUCCUUGAGCAACUUCCUCGGGGAAGGCGGCUUCGGGCCGGUCUACAAAGGAUUCAUCGACGAUAAGGUGAAGCCGGGGCUGAAGCCUCAGCCGGUGGCUGUGAAACUCCUCGACUUGGACGGAGGGCAGGGCCACAAAGAGUGGCUGGCCGAAGUGUUGGUUCUUGGACGUCUCAGGCAUCCUCACCUUGUCAAACUGAUAGGCUACUGCUGUGAAGAUGAACAGAGGCUGCUCGUCUAUGAAUUCAUGCCCAAGGGAAGCCUGGAAAACCACCUCUUUAAAAGAUAUUUUGCCUCUUUGCCAUGGUUGACACGGUUAAAGAUUGCCCUGGGAGCGGCCAAGGGAUUAGGAUUCCUCCAUGAAGCCGAAAAGCCAGUCAUAUACCGGGACUUCAAGGCUUCAAACAUCUUGCUAGAUUCUGAGUACGAAGCGAAGCUGUCGGACUUCGGCCUGGCCAAAGACGGCCCUGAGGGAGAUGAAACUCAUAUCACCACCCGGGUGAUGGGCACGCACGGGUACGCCGCGCCGGAGUACAUCAUGACCGGCCACCUGACGUCGAAGAGCGACGUGUAUAGCUUCGGCGUGGUUCUGCUGGAGCUUCUCGCCGGCCGCCGGUGUGUCGACAAGGCGCGGCCGAUCCGGGAGCAGAACCUGGUGGAGUGGGCGCGGCCGUGCUUGAACGAUCCCCGGAAGCUGGGCCGCAUCAUGGACCCCAGCCUCGACGGCCAGUACUCCAUCUCCGGCGCCCAGAAGGCGGCCGCCCUGGUGCAUCAGUGCUUGAGCCAGGGUCCCAAGCGCCGUCCUCACAUGUCCACGGUGGUGGACACCCUGAAGCCGCUCCUGGAGCUAGAGGACGCGCCGGUGACCCCCUUCGUGUACGUUGCGCCGGGGACGGACGACGACACAGGCAACGAGGCAACAAAGAAGGAGAAGGACCAAUUGCGCCGGCGUGGACGCGGGCAAAAACUGAGAUCGCCACGGGAAGGGAAACUCUCCGACGCGGCCUUUUGCCGAGAGGUAGGUAAUCGACUGCGGAGAAACUCGGCAUUGCAAUAGCAGCAGCAGAGGCAGAUGGAUAAAUGAGGCGGAAUCAGAGUAAAGGCAUUAAUGCUCUGUUCAAGCAAAGUAAGCCAUUUACAUGAAUGUGUUUGUUAUAUGUUACGUAGCAAUCUCUCCGUUGAGGAGCUUCAAAUUGAGUGCUCCAAAUAACUAUUCCCUUGCUUGCGUCCAAGUACACUUAUUGAUAGUUUUAUUGAAUGUGUUAUUGCGCGUGCUA